GUCUGUGGAAGGAAGUGGCAGAGAAGCAUAUCAUGGUGGUGCAGGACUUAAAGAGCACAUGGGAUUUGAGUAGGAUAGGGUACACGGGAAACAGCUCUGAACUCUUUGUUUGUAUUGGUGGUGGACAGACAUAAUCAACCAGGAGCGCAUUGAGGACUGUGUAAAAAGAUAAAUGGUUAAUGUUAGAGAUGGAGGUGGUGGAGCUGGACCGGUGAGGUGGAGCCCCCUGGAGAGAAACACGAUAGUGAAGAUGGAGACAAUGGACCAAGGAUGUUGAAACAGCAGGUAGAAAGAAAGACAGUUUUUAAUGAAGAUUCAUAAACAAGAUCAACUGUUGUUUUUUUUCCUGCAGCUUCGUCAGUCAGGAGUAUAGGAGGAUACAUCACAGGAUUCAGAGGAAAUAAGUCUGGAUUUUAAGGUUAAGAUUAGAAUUAUUCUAAUUCUGGGUCAGAAUUCUGUAAUAAAUAAACAAAUUCACACCACUCAUAAAUAAGACACAAACGGGAAAAUGUUUUAAACAAAGAUUCAUUCAUUUUUAAAGACAUUAAUGUUAGAAUGACUUAUCUGAAAAACAAACGACCUCGAGGGGAAAUAAUAAAAAAAACCACUAAAGUCAGAAGUGUUAAAAAUAUUUUGAGAAAAACUUCACCAAUGUUGUUGUUGUUUUUUAAGAACAGUGGGAAAAGUCGUCACACUAAAAACAUUGACUUUUUUCAAACCUAGUCACAAAGUCCAGACUUCAUUAUCUGACGUCACAUCACAGCUCUCACUUCAGCCCCACAUGUUAUGACUUCUGACUUCAUUCUUAGUUUUCAUAAAAACACGAUCGUGUUUUUGCGCUUCUGGCUCGAGUAGAUGCUCUGUAGAUAUUGAUCUUUGAAUUAAGAAAAAUAAAAAUCAAUUAUAGGUGGACGGACGGCAUGUGUGCAGGAGGAGGCGGGGGAGAAGGGAGACGUUUGACGCGGCGCAGGAGGCGACCAGACACUUCGCUCCUGGAUCCUCCUCCUCCUCCUCCUCCUCCUCCUCGUCCUCCGUCUCCCAGUUGAAGCCUGUUCUUUUUAUAUCCACCUUUGUGUUAUGAUCAGCUCCGUCUCUCAGUCUGUUCCUCACAGCCACCCCCGGGUACCUCCCCCUUACUCCCCAUCACCCUCCUCCUCCUCCCCUUCCACCUCCAUCCCACCCUGUAUCCCCCCCUCCUCCUCCUCCAUCAUCACCCCCUCCUCUCCUCCUUUUAGCAUCUGAAAAGACCACUGAGUGAGAAUCGAUGGCGCAGAGGCCCAGCCUGACAGGACAAUAAACCACAAAGAAAGAAGGGCUGUCCGUGGACGCAGCGAUGAUCCAACAGCAUCACAGGGAGGACCUGUCUCCAUCCUGCCUCCUCGGCCUGGCUUCUCCCGACCUUCAGACGACACAGAAGCCAAACCAUACCUUCCCAUGAGGCCACCAGCAGAACUCAGCCUGACCUCUCUGUAUGGGGCCUCUCACAUAUGAAUUGACAUGGAGGAUGAAGAUGGGACUUGUCUACUUGAUGUUUUGUGUGACCCCCAAGCCCUAAACGACUUCCUUCAUGGGACCAGUGAGCUGCAGACUGAAGACCUGCUCAUUAACUCCUCCUCUGGGGAGCCCUCCCUCUUCACAGAUGCCCCGAGCCCAGUCUCUCUGCUGGGAGAUGGCAGGGAUUCCCCAGACACUCCUCCACCUGGGUGUGUGGAUCUGUCCUUCCUGGAGGAGGCCCUCUUGUCAUCGCCAGAAGGGACCGAGGAUCCACAGGUGGUUCAAGUUGGGCAAUCACUGGAAGGUGGAUGUGAGGCUAAGGAAGGAGAAGUGCCAGAAGUGGAGGAGGUGGAAGUGGCCUGUGAUAUACUCCAGCAGAGUCUGCAGGAGGCUGAGAUCACAGAGCAAACCAUGGCUCUGGAGGCAGGUUUAGCCCCAAGUGGGGACAGUCUGUCCUUGUACUCCCCAACUCCCCUUCUCUCUCCUCCAACCGUGCCAUUCAUUCACAAGUCUAUGACGUUGCCCAUCAACCAGGCUUUGCCCAGAGACACCCAGGCAGCAGUGGAGCCUCCGCAGCCCUCCCUCCUGGCUGUUGGGCCUGGCUGCCCCUCUCUGAAACCCACCGCCCCACCUCUUAUGGGUCUCUUGCCUGGAAAUGUGUUCCCUGCUCCUUCUCCAGAGACCUCCUUCUCUCUGAGUCCAGUCCAGGGCUCUAGUAUCAUCAUUAACAAGGCUGUCCCCAGUGUGACCAACUGUCCCCUCAUCAGCCCAACACUGAGAGCAACAGCAGCAGCACCUGGGAUCGUGCUGCAGAGAGCCCCUCUACCCAUCCAACCGAAACUGCCCAUCAACAUUCAGCCCAGACUGGUUCAAAUUAGCCCCAAGCCUUCGGGGCAGAAACCAACCCAAGGUCUUACAUUUGUCCCUGGGGCUGCCUCAUCAAAUAUUCUACUGUCCCAACCUUCAGGACAUAAAUCGACUAUCCCACCACCACAGCCAACACAGCAGCUUCCCAAGCAAGUCAGCCUACAGCUGGUCAACCAGGGCGGCUCAUUUGUCCUCCAGCCUCAGGGACUCCUACAAGGCCAAAACCAGUUCCUACUCCCAGGUCAGUCUCCCGUUACAAUCUCCCAACCUGCCAAUGCAGUCCAAACACUGCUGACUUCUGGUCAACAAGGCCCGUCCGUCCACAGCAUGACUUCGUCCACCGGGCAGCUGAUAGACAGCCCCCAGAUUCUUACUGUUCCACAGAGGCAGCUGAACUUUGGCCCCGUCUUUACCACCCCCACAGGGCAGCUAGCGCUCCGCCAGGCCACGGUGCUGUCAGCACCCUUGCAUCUCCAGUCAGCAGCUCCUACUGUCUUCCAGAUGCCGGCGCACCUUGCAGGGACCUACACUCCAGGAGGGCAGGGGCAGCGUGCCACCCUGGUUCACAGCCCUGCUCUUGGAAACCACUUCACCUUAAUCAACAGCACUGGGGUGCUCCCCCCUGAUCUCACUUCAAUCUCGAUCGUCAACGGCCCCUCUGUGGUUCAGGGGCUGCCUUUUGCCGCCCAGGCUGCAGCUCCGCAGGCAGGAGUCGCUGAAGGACAACUGAGCCUCCAGUCGGCGUCUGUGGUGCUGCUGCCUGAGAGAGCAGUACAAGAAGAGAGGAGCGGCUCCGAGGAGAUGUUCCAUCAACUGCAGCAGCCAUAUGGACAUGUCCUUCAGCACGUGUCAGUGCAGCCCACCACCGCAGGGCUGCAGACCUCCUCUCCUUCUGUAGUAACAGUCCUGCAGCCUCCUCCUCCAGCUCCUCCUCCUGAACCGACUUUGGUUCCUGAUUCAGCAGCUGAGAUGCCAAAACUUCUCAUCCCCCCCGCAGACAUCAACCAAGUGGUAGAGGAGGUGGCUCAGUCCAUGAGCCAGAACCAGGCCUUUAUGCAACACCUGAAACAGCAAGCACUUAGUUCUCCCAUUGCUCCUGAACUGCUGGUUGGAGUGUUGCCAGUACCUAUGGAGUCUCUGGACUCCACCGUGGUGAAAGAGAAAGAGAGUCAACCUCAGGCCCACGCAGAUCCGGGUCCCAACACCUGCUCUGUCACACCUGACCAGUGUGUUGAGUCUUCUCCCCUUCACUCUGACCCUGAAGACUCGUCACUGCUCUGCUCCUCCCCUCCAGUUGAAGACAGUGAAGAAACUGCAUCAACAAUUUUCUCCUCUACACCCGGUCCCCAGAUCAAUCUCCCUGGACCCGAGGGCUCAGGCUCCCAAAAACCAACUCCACAGUCACUGAGUGUGCCGCAGGACUUGUACCAAGUCAGUCAGCAGCUGCAGGUCUCACAGGCUUUAUUUGGCCCAAACCAGGUGCAGAUCCAGCAGCCAUCUGUUCCCCAGUGUCUUCCCCAAGUCCAGCUCCAGGUCCAGGCUCCUGUUUCCAAGCCACAGAACUCAACCCUUAGUCAAAGCAGCUCCUCUCCACAGCUGGUCCGUAUCCUGGUGCCUCAGCAGCAGCCUGAUCUCCCAGCUGCUGGUCUCUCCAAAGGAGAAGACCACCCUGCUGUCCAACAGCACACACAAAACAAGCCAACAGCUGCCUUGGCCAUGGAGAGUAAAUCGUUUACUCUUGAUGUCCAUCCUCACUCUCCUGUAGCCUCGGGUGUCCAGCAGCUUCAUGGGGGACCAACUCCCAUGGAGUGCACCCCUGUCCAGACAACCCCACAGCCCGGCAUCAAGCUGGCAGCUCCUGUGGAGCAGCAGAGAGAGGAGAGGCUCACACCAGCAACGAGGAGGCACAGGUUCCAGCAGCAGCUUUGUUUGGACCACAGAGCAGUGCAGCAGCCCUUCACCCGCCCUGCCUUCCCCACGCUGAAGGACGCUGUUCGACGCCUGCUGCCGUACCACACCUGUGCUGGUCACCUGCCAACGCAGAGUGAUUUUAAUUUAGGUGAGUGGGCAUCCGGCUCUGUGUCCCGCUUCCAGCUGAAACGAACCAAGGACAUGGUGAACAAAUACAGGCAGCUACUGGUUAAAGAAGCUCAGCAGGAGAGUCCAUCUGCAGAGAUGGUGAUGCUGGAGCGUCUCUUUCUACAAGCCGAGCGAUACGCUUUAGCGGAGGACAGACGGCGAGCCCGCAGAGACCCAGAGUCGUUCAUGACGGCCUUGGCCACAUCAGUGUCUUCCCCCCUCGAAGCUCCCUCCUCUCGGCCCUCCCACCUCCGCCCCUCUGGCAGCCCCUCCUCUCCACCAGCCUGGUCAAGACUCUCUGACCGGCCCCCAGGACUGAAGACGUAUCGCUCCAGCUCCCGCGGGGCCCUCAGACUCACCAUCAAGCAGGAGUCUGGCUCCCGUAAAGUGGUCCAUAACUCAGCCUGUGACCCUGGGCUGAAGAGAGACCACACGGGGCAGCUGACCAAUGGUGGAGGAGCUGCGACGGAGCAGGCUCCCAACGGAACAAACCAGCAUCAGGAGCAAGACGACGAAGUGAUCGCCAACGGAUCGAGCCCAGCAGAGGAAGUCCAAAUUAGGACACCAAAUUCCAAAAUAAAAGCCUGCAGUUCUCUUUCUAUGCCACAGCCACAGGAUGCCUGCUUCGAGUUGCCUCCCAGAGAUGUCAAUGCCCCAAAACUAAAAUAUUACAAGCUGGAUUCACCUCUGCCGCCUGACCCUAAAUUCAGUCCUCCUCUCCAAGAGGACAAUAUGCUCAGUGAACAUCUACAGAGUGCCAUUGACAGCAUCCUGGAGCUGCAGCGUCUACAGGGCCCGUCUGCGGCCCAGGCCAGAGCCACAGCAGGCCCAUCACUGGAUCAGACGGUCACCAGCAUCCUAGAAGGACACCUGUGAGGUAACAGGCCCCUGAAGACGUCCUUCCACAGAGACAAACGUCUGUCCUGAGGUGGGAGAAAGCAAAGUACAAAACUUCGAAUCGGUUCCCAGAAGAAACAAAUGAUUGUGUUUUCUUGGUUGGAGAUUUUACUUUGAAGGAACCGGUUGUUUUGGGGGGAGGAGAAACAGUGAAAGGCACUAUUACAGAGAUGCAGAGCAGACAACAGCACUAUCUACAGUCUGAUAGAUGUUAGAUACUUCAUUUCCUUGUACGUUUGUGUGGGAGAAAUCUAUUGGAAUAGGAGCUCUAUUGUUUCAGUGGUAGGUUUACGACACUGGUGUAACCUUCAUCAUCAGCAUAUAGUAUAUAAGUAAUAGUGAGGAUAAAGAAAAUGUGGAGUAGACUGAGAUUAUUCAAUAGUUUUUUAUAAGAUUUCUUUCAGAAAAAAAAACCACAAUGUGAAUUUUCUUUGUCAUAGUGCCAAGCCUCCAGGGUAUUUAUUUUGAUAAUCUGCCAAUUGUGUUUUCAGAUGAGUUGCAUUGAGAAACACAGCAAGAGUGCGUGCGACGAGUGUGUGAAUGUGUGUGUUAUUGUUAGGGAAGAUCAUUUGGGUGGAUCUGAAGGAAGUGUGUAUGUGUGAUUAAAAAAGAAAAACCAGUGCAGGCUCUGUCGUCUCGGCCUAACGAAUGAAACUCCAAAGAGAAAUUAUUGACUCGCUACAUCCUGAAUACACCAGCAAACAUCCCUGUUGUGUCUCUUCCAACAAACCGGAAAGUCUUUGCUAGAGUGGAAAUAACUAACAGGGGCACAGGAGGAGAAAAAUAAAACAGAGGAGGAUUUCUGUGGUUCAGUUCCGUCUUUACUUUUUGACCCUGUGUCAUAGAUUAUGUGAGAAAUGAGUGAAUUCAUCAGGGUGGAAACUGCAACUGGAGAGAAGAUCAAACGUUCUCCACUGGUUUUUGAAGUAAAUCCAGACUGUGGCUAAAUAAGACAACUUCCUUCACUUUAAUAGAUCUAUCACCCCAGUCACUUUCAAUGGAAUGUUGUGAUCCUGUUUAGAGGAAAAUGGAUGAAACAGCACAAUGGGAGACAGAGGGUAUGAAUGAAGUCAACACGUCACUGACAGCAGCAGAUGUCAGUGACGCGUACGACACCAUCUGUGUGUCCACUAAUAUGGCGAGAGCCCACGUUAUAGGAAGCUAACCGCAGCUAUCUGUUAGAACUGGUGGCUAUUUUUCUUCUGUCACUCGGGGGCUGAAGCCAGUCCCAGCAGCCACCAGAUGAGGGCGGGGACUUGCUGUUCACCAGACCAUCACAAGGCCACGAACACAGACAACACUUCACACUGACAAAAAACACAAACCACUGGUUUUCCUGCUGUAAAGCAGACACAAAAACCACUCUUCUGCCAUGCGGCCUGGAGGAGGAGCCAUCAGUGAACCAUCGGUGGUUCCACGGUGUACGAGUUAGCACACCUGCCCUGGAAGCAGAGAACAGAGAGUCCUGGGUUUAAUUCCCAGAGGAACCACAUAUCCCCCAGUGGCGCCUCCUGUGUGGCAGCCUGUGUUGGUUGCAUCGACUCACACUGUACAUUUCCCAUUGAAUCAGACAUGAAAUUAGCCAUUACAACCAAUCAAAGGUUUAGGGAAGUGAAGUUGUCUCGUCUUUCCACCGUCUCCCAUUUCAGAGUUACUUCUUCAACCAGCGGAGCCACGCCCACAGCCUCACUUCUCAUGUGUACUAGUUCUGUGUCUAUUCUCAGAGAUGAUAAAGGUCUCCUUUUACUGUGUGUGUUAACAUGCAAGCAAUAAUGAGUCGGGGGCAGUGGGGAUACAGUGAGGAGGAGGAGGAGGAAGAAAGAGGAGGGAGGUCUUUGGCCUGUGGUGAUUUCCAAAUGUCAUUGGUUGUUCAGUUUAGGAAAUGGAAGAUGACUGCUGUCACCGAAGCCCCUGUUGUUUUGGGACAUUUUGAACGGCUUUAGGGUCACAUCAUGUCCGCGAACCAUCGUAACAACACAUGUAGUACCAGAAAAACCAAAUCUGUCGUUCAUUUUCCACAACACUGUAGAAAACACGACCAAAAACUGAAGGGAUUUUCCGAUUCAUAUUUUCACGUCUUUUCAUUUGUUACAUUUUAAGGUCUGCUAGCCGCCGUACCACGGAAAUGGUUUGUUUUGAUGCAGCCAUUUUGGAGCAAUACAUGCAAUUUUUUUUGGAAGUCUUAUGUUCACGUGACAAUCUUGUUGGUUUGAGUAAAAAUGUGAAUUCUGUCGUCCUUCACCGUUCCGGCUCUCCGUCAUGUUCAAAUUGUUCUUUGUACUUGGAUGUGACCUUAAAGGUCAAAUUGAAAUCUGCAGAACGUCUUAAACUGAAGUUGGGAAUUACUUCUAACUGUUCAAAGACUUAAAGUCUGACUUGUCGUGUUGGGAAAUGCCUUUCUGUCGGGCUGUUAUAAAGGAGUGGGAUUUAAAAAGAGGACAAAAUAAUGUGAUUUAAAAAUACUGAAAUAUGAAAGUGACCCAUCCCUUCAAAAAUGACUUUUUUUUAUUUCUGAUGUGAAAUUGUGUUUUGUUGAUUUGAAGAAAUUGAUUUUUUCAUAUGCAGUAACUUAUGUUGAAACUCUCAGUUUGGGAGGAAACACAUGAAGAUUGAUUUAUUCUGGGAAAAAUAACUGUGUAAAAAAAAAAGAAUAAUUAUACACUUCCCAAGUUUGGGAAGUGUAUAAUAAGGACUGAAAAUGAGAUCAAUUUGACUAUUAGAAAAUGUUAAUGUUAUCUAGGACCAGCACAUUCCAACAUAAAUGGAAUGUAAAAGCUAACAUAAAAAAUAGCAGUGUUACUACAUUUUAUCACACAACCUACUACAGUAUUUUCCUCUCGUCAGGCGUAGCUUUUGGUUGAAUCUAAACAUACCAUAGCAACUACAACUACCGCUAUUUAGCAGCUAGCAUGUCAAUCUUUCCCCAAAGCUAGAUAUUUUCUUUCAAGCUAAGCUAACCCCAUGCUAACUCAGAAAAUAAUAACAAGCAAUAGCAAUUUCAAAUUCUUAAUGUCUAACAAACACAAAAGAAAAACUGCUUGUUGAGUCAUCUAUUUAAUCUGAUUCUCAAUCAUGCUAGCUCAGGUUAGCUUAACGUUAACUCAAUGUAUGGUCAAUUUAAACAAUAUCGGUAAAAAGUUAAUAUCGGACAUCCCUACUUUCAACCCCUGCCUUACCUCCAUUGUACUCUUCAUGAGCAGCUACUCUAAUCUUACAAGUGGCUAAAACAUGGACAAACAAUGUCAAUGUAAUUUUGGGUUAAAACUAAUCUUUUUUUUAAUCUUCAGUGUUUCUUCCCUCAGAGGUUUCACUGAAAUGCAGUAAAGAUGUCUUUCACGGCAUACGAUUGCACUCUGCUCACCAUAAAAAGAAGACAAAUGACGGAAUGCCAUCAACUUUUACUCCGGUUUUCAUUUUUACACAGCACUUCCACACAUUUGCCAAACAUGUUUUUCUUUGUCGAUUAAAAGACAUUCAGAAAUGAAAAUCCUGGAGUGAACUUUGAUGGACUUCUCUCCAGUGACGUGCCAUUUGUUACUGUUGUUGCGUUUGUGUCAAACACUGACCUCGAGGACGGCGGUCAGUUCUGUCAGCAGUUUACAGUGACGGCUUCACUUUGGUGUGCAUGUCGAGCCACUUAUUUAUUUACUAUUUAUUGGUUGAAAAUGUCUUUAUUUUUCUGACUGUACUGUGAAACCACGGGAGCUCAUUCCUUCUUACAGCGAUCAAGUAAACAUUCGACUGACAGAUUGUUCCGAUGCCAAAAUCAAGAGGCCUUAAUUUAGCAGAACUAGAUUGUAAAAGUCAUUUCUGACACAAAAAAGAAAGAAAAAAAAAACUAACAAACUAAAGACUCAUUUGAGCUGAAAGUCACGAGUGAUUCAUAUAUGAAAUGUUAAGAAACCACUUUUGUACUCAUUUUUACAGACUAUUUAUUAAACUGUGAUUUUGUAAGAAAUAAAAAAAGAAACAAAUGGCGAAGGUUGUGGUGUCGCUUGAGUUUGUAAAACAGUAAAGACAAAAAAAAAAACUUUUUAAUUGCCAUUUCUGUUGCAUGUUAACUCAUGUUUUGAAGCUUUAUUUUUUAGCCUUUUAGCUUAACUUUUAACCAUUCAAGCUGUAUGUGAGCCAAGUGUAGUUUUCAUUUGGACAAAUUUAAGCAAGCUAGCUUUUAGAUAUAUGAGCUAGCUGAUUUAGCUCAUUCAACCUUGGAAUUAUUUCUGUAAGUUUUAAAAUAUUUUCUGAAAUCUAACAUUUGUCCAGUU